AUGAAGUCUCGUCGCCCCAGCUGCACUGACUCUGGAUCCGAGUCCUCAGAACCAGACUCCAAGAGCCCAGAGAAAUAUGAGACUGCCACGAGGCGACGGAUGGCUGCCAAUGCCAGAGAGAGGAAGAGGAUGGAGGGUUUGAACACAGCCUUUGAUCGCUUACGUAAAGUGGUCCCCCAGUGGGGCCAGGACAAAAAACUGUCCAAGUAUGAAACCCUGCAGAUGGCCCUCAGCUACAUCAUGGCCCUCAACCGGAUCCUGACAGACGCCAGGAGGCACAACGCUCCUCACAGGCAGUGGCUGGAUCUGCAGUUUGACUGCGUGCAGCCUGAAAACUACCCCUGCCUCAUGAGAUACGACUCUCCAAGCGGAGAGGAGUACAUCCACUCGUCGUUCUCCUAUCAGUUCGAUGGCCAUCAGGUCCAUGCAUAA